UUCUCUCACCUAACUCCACCAGUCUCUCUCCUCUGUGUAAUAUACGAAGAAGAAGAUAAUUGCAAACCCACCAACUAAAAAUAAAACCCUUUCUUGAAUUCAACUCUACGCGUCGCUUAGUAACCCAAAAGUCUCAAUCUUUCGAGCCAUUCCCCAACAGCCAUCAUUAAUUACCCACAUUUACUUAUCUCCUUUUCUAGGUUUACUGUCUUCUUUAUUACCCUUUGAGUUUGACCAAUACCUCCCUCCUUCACUGUUCUUUCAAGAGUACCCAUCACUCCAAGUCUUGAUUUUUUUUAUAAUAAGGACAAGAAUGGCUAGAGUACUAAAAUCAUGCCACUUCCCUUCACCUCCAAGCUCCUCCCUAGGCAAUGAUGGUAGUAGUAGUAACAGAGACCCACAUUCUCUUUUUAACAUUCCCCUCGAGGAAGACGAGAGAGAAAGAUCCGAGCUUUCCUCUUCCUUGGAGAUUCUCGUCUCUGCUUUCAGAAGAUCCGUGAUUGGUGGUUGCGUUGGCGAAGAAGAAGAAGAAGAAGAGUGUGGUCUUUCUUCCAUGGAGAUUGGUGUCCCUACCGACGUUAGACACGUGGCUCAUGUCACCUUUGAUCGUUUCCACGGCUUCCUCGGCUUACCUGUUGAGUUCGAACCUGAAGUCCCUAGACGUGCUCCUAGUGCAAGUGCAACGGUGUUUGGUGUGUCGACAGAGUCAAUGCAGCUGUCUUACGAUACUAGAGGGAACGUUGUGCCUACCAUACUCUUGAUGAUGCAGAGUCACUUGUACAGUAGAGGCGGGUUAAGGGUAGAAGGAAUCUUCAGGAUUAAUGGUGAGAAUGCUCAAGAGGAGUACGUAAGAGAAGAGUUGAACAAAGGUGUUAUACCUGAUAACAUUGAUGUACAUUGUUUGGCAAGUCUCAUUAAGGCUUGGUUUAGGGAGCUUCCAAGUGGUGUGUUGGAUACACUCUCACCAGAGAAAGUGAUGGAGUCUGAAAGCGAAGAUGAGUGUGUGGAGCUUGUGAGGAUGCUUCCUUCAACGGAAGCUUCUUUGUUGGAUUGGUCAAUCAAUCUGAUGGCUGAUGUUGUUGAGAUGGAAUGUCUUAACAAGAUGAAUGCUCGGAACAUAGCUAUGGUUUUCGCACCUAACAUGACUCAGAUGUUGGAUCCACUGACUGCGCUGAUGUAUGCUGUGCAAGUCAUGAACUUUCUGAAGAAACUUAUUGUAAAGACGCUUAAAGAACGGAAAGAGUCUCGAGAUAGGUUGGUUCAAGCCUCGAACCCGGGUCCUAGGGACGAGAAUGGUGAUCAGAGCAGGAGACAGUUGUUGCAUCUCUUGGAAGCUAACAAGGAGGAAGCUGUAGAUACUGUUGAGGUCGAAAUGAAAGACAAAGAAGAGUCUGAAGAAGAAGAAUAUGCGGAGCCUAGAGAGAUUCUUGGUGUGAAGUCGUCUCUGAUUAACAAUGGAGGUUUUGGUCAAAAGCAGAAAGGUUGGGAGAAGAAGAGGAAGAUGAAGAAUGCUAGUAGUAUUGUUGGACGUGUGAAUUACAGAGUUGAGCUGUUUGAAGCUUGGCGGUGAAAAAGAAAAGAUUUAUUUCGUUCAUGUUUUUGAUCCAACUUUUGGGUUUUUCUUGAUUUUGGUUUUGUUGAUGGUUGCUUGUGUAUCAAGAAACGCUGCAUGUCUGCAUAUAAUGUCAAAGAUCAUUUUUUGUUUGUUGCUUCUC